AUGAUCUUUGAGAAAAUGUCGUCCUCUAAUUAUCAUCCUAUUUCUUCCUAUAGACCAGGAGUUCUAGUUCGCCUAGUUAAUUCACAAAAUCCUAGUAACGUGUAUUCUUUAAUUCGCUGGAAACUGCCUCGUAAUCUCAUCUUGCCCCCCUUAAAGUUUCGACCUAACUGUAAAAACGUGUAUAUUUACACUACAUCCUACCAACUCCCUCACCAUUUAACCAACAUAAUAUCCGUCUACACCCCAGUCAUACACUCCAGACCAAAAUCAGCCGUUAAUUUACGCAAUGAACAGCUAGUCUUAUCUCAUUUUUACAUCUUCUUGAUAUCGUCAUACCCCCAACGUCAUUACAAAAAAGGAAAAGAUUUCGAUGACGAAGUUAUGAGAAAUUUUGUCAACUUUUUUGCCAUAAUUUUCCUCCCAGAAAAAGAUAACAAAUUAAAUCGAAAAAGUUAUACCGUUUGCCUUUAUUCGACUCAACUAAUUUUUCCAUUCUUCGUCCACUUUCGAUGUCUUAUUGACACAGGGCUGGACAUAUCAUGGGGCAAGUUGAAACUAGCACGAAGAUGGACUAACCCGACUAACAUUAAGAAUUUUAAAUUCGACUUCCGACUCCUCCUCCUUGACACUAUAUUUCUCUAUUAUAACGACACCAAGGAGCCAUUUGACUCAAAAUUGGACGCCAUCUCGCGAAGUACGUUGUUAGAGCCGGACACUCCACUUGAGUUUUCAUCUGGUGUGAGAAACGGAUGGGCGGUCGUCUUCGUGGAUUCAAAACCUUUACAAUUCAUGUCUUGUUACACCCCGCCGGAAUUAAGUUUUCGAUUCUAUUACAAACCUUUCCAACCAGCUGUAUGGUUUGCGGUGAUGGGCUGUGUCCUCUUCUUGAGCGGGUUUUCCCAUUGUUAUCUUUCUAAGCGGUAUGUUACGUCCUUUAAUAGUGGGCUCUACUUUGUCGCAACCCUUUUGAAAGAUCCCGCCGCAAUUCCAGUCGCUUUAAGGGGGGAGAAAGUCUUAAGCCUUGUAGUAAUACCGUGGACUUUCACAGCUAUCGUAUUGACGUCUGCCUACCUGGGUUUGGUAAUAACAAGGUUAAACUCACCGCCCAGAGGUGAACCCAUCGCCACGUGGGAAGAGGCAGUAUGCCUGGAAAAGCUGGGAGCCCCUUCUUCAAUAAUGAACACAUCGUUACCUUCUGUAGACCAAGGCUUUCUUCACCCUCGAAAUAUUUCCGCAGGGCAUUGUUUUAGUCUCCUUUCUCCUGUCAAUGGUCCAUUUGAUGAUCAACAAUUCGAAAACAAUUCUAUCGUGCUUUACAAAUUUGUGUAUUCUAUAGUUGCAUUGUGGUCUAAACUAGCUUUCUUACCAUCCAGAAUUCAAACCAUAUUUUCUGCCAUUGUCCAAAACGAGACUACGUUUUUUCCACUAACUCCCGCCAAUCGUAGUUUCACAAGGAGGGAGUUAUUAUCUAAAGUUCUGGAAGAGGUGCUACUUUGUGGGAAAACUUUGCUUGUCGCUACGCGGCAAGAGCUCGACGUUGUGGCGGAAAGAUGGCACAAAACGAAAUUCCAUAUUGGAGCUGAACCCUUAAAGACGACGACAACCGUUUGGGGAUUCGAGACUUAUGGGGAGGACAUAAUUGUCAAAGGGUUUAAACGGAUUUUCGAGUCGGGAAUUUACACUUGGCUGGAGAAGCAAUCAAUUGCAGGGGAUUAUUUGACGGUGGGAAGGGAUUUGGCCGAGGGGGAUUCCUUUAAACAUACGAUAAAGAUUGGAGGGCGAAUUAGAACGAUAUUUUUUAUUUGGAUGGGUGCAAGUACUUUAACAAUUUUAGUAUUUUUAGUAGAACUCAUGUUUUUAAGAUGUCAAAGAUAUGCAUUUUUUAGAUAA